GGCCGACGGGCGGAUGGUCGCGUGAGGAGGAGGAGGAGGAGGAGGAGGAGGGUGGGGUUUUAAGCGGGUCGCGCGCCGGCGAGAAAGGGAGGCAGGGCUCGCGCUGAGGAGGUGGGGCUUGGUUUGUCUCGCGCCGCCGGGGGCGCGGGCGUGAGCAGUUCGCUGAGAUAAUCAGCACCAAGAAACAAUGACUUUGGAAAUGAAUGCUUGGACCUAUUAUAAACAGUGAUUGGCCUUAGGUUGACUAGAAACUAUCAAGAAAUCUCACAGGAACUCCUCCUUACCUAGUUAACUUGGAUCACAAAUUCAAUCAUGUAUGGAAGUGCUCGGUCAGUUGGCAAAAUUGAGCCAAGCAGCCAGAGUCCUGGGCGUUCACCAAGGCUGCCACGUUCGCCGCGGCUGGGCCAUCGUCGAACCAACAGCACAGGAGGCAGCUCUGGAAGUAGUACUGGGGGUGGCAGUGGCAAAACACUUUCAAUGGAAAAUAUCCAGUCCUUAAAUGCUGCCUAUGCCACUUCAGGUCCUAUGUACCUAAGUGACCAUGAGAGUGUGGGUGCAGACACACCAAAAAGCACCAUGACUCUUGGCCGAUCUGGUGGGCGUCUGCCUUAUGGUGUUAGGAUGACUGCUAUGGGUAGUAGCCCUAACAUAGCCAGUAGUGGAGUUGCCAGUGAUACUAUAGCAUUUGGAGAGCAUCAUCUUCCUCCUGUGAGCAUGGCAUCCACAGUGCCUCAUUCACUGCGCCAGGCUAGGGACAAUACUAUCAUGGACUUGCAGACACAGCUCAAGGAAGUGUUGCGGGAAAAUGAUCUACUGCGAAAGGAUGUAGAUGUGAAGGAAAGCAAACUUAGUUCCUCCAUGAACAGUAUCAAGACAUUCUGGAGUCCUGAAUUGAAGAAGGAAAGAGCCCUGAGGAAAGAUGAAGCAUCCAAAAUAACUAUUUGGAAAGAACAGUAUCGAGUUGUGCAGGAAGAAAACCAGCAUAUGCAAAUGACAAUCCAAGCUCUUCAGGAUGAGCUUAGGAUUCAGAGGGAUCUGAACCAGCUUUUCCAGCAAGACAGCAGCAGUAGAUCCAGUGAGCCAUUUGUUACAGAGCUUACAGAGGAGAACUUCCAGCGGCUUCAUGCAGAACAUGAACGUCAGGCCAAGGAGCUCUACUUGCUGCGCAAAACCUUGGAAGAAAUGGAAUUACGGAUUGAGACUCAGAAGCAGACCUUAAAUGCUAGAGAUGAGUCCAUCAAAAAGUUACUGGAAAUGUUGCAGAGCAAGGGGCUGUCGGCCAAAGCCACAGAGGAGGAUCAUGAGAGGACAAGACGGUUGGCUGAAGCAGAAAUGCAUGUGCACCACCUUGAAACCUUAUUGGAGCAGAAGGAAAAGGAAAACAACUUACUGAGGGAGGAGAUGCAUCGUCGCUUUGAAAAUGCUCCUGACUCUGCCAAGACUAAAGCCUUGCAGACUGUUAUAGAGAUGAAGGACUCUAAGAUCUCUUCUAUGGAGCGUGGACUUCGAGAUUUGGAAGAAGAGAUUCAGAUGUUGAAGUCGAAUGGAGCACUCAGUACAGAAGAACGUGAGGAGGAAAUGAAACAAAUGGAGGUGUAUCGUAGCCAUUCCAAAUUCAUGAAAAACAAGGUAGAGCAACUGAAGGAAGAGCUAAAUGCCAAAGAGUCUCAAGGGGAGGAGCUGAAAAAGAGAGUGGCUGGUCUCCAGACUGAGAUUGGUCAGGUGAAACAGGAACUGUCACGCAAAGACACAGAGCUGCUGGCCUUACAGACAAAAUUGGAAACGCUCACAAACCAGUUUUCUGAUAGUAAGCAACAUAUUGAUGUGCUCAAGGAGUCCCUCACAGCUAAAGAGCAGAGAGCUGCCAUCCUGCAAACAGAGGUGGAUGCCCUUCGGUUACGUCUAGAGGAGAAGGAGACCAUGUUGAAUAAAAAGACUAAGCAAAUUCAGGAGAUGGCGGAGGAGAAGGGAACUCAAGCUGGAGAGAUUCAUGAUCUCAAGGAUAUGCUAGAUGUGAAAGAGCGCAAGGUUAAUGUUCUUCAAAAAAAGAUUGAGAAUCUUCAGGAACAGUUAAGAGACAAGGAGAAACAGAUGAGCAGUUUGAAAGAAAGAGUAAAAUCCCUGCAGGCUGAUACCACCAACACCGAUACUGCCUUGACCACAUUAGAGGAAGCACUUGCAGAGAAGGAGCGAACUAUCGAGCGCCUGAAGGAACAGCGUGACAGAGACGAACGAGAAAAACAGGAGGAGAUUGACAACUUUAAAAAAGAUGUUAAGGACCUGAAAGAGAAAGUCAGCGUCUUGCAAGGAGAUCUUUCAGAGAAAGAGACUACGUUGCUAGAUUUGAAGGAGCAUGCCUCAUCUUUAGCAUCAUCUGGAUUGAAGAAAGACUCUAGGUUAAAGACGCUAGAAAUUACCUUGGAACAGAAAAAGGAAGAAUGUCUGAAACUGGAAUCUCAGCUGAAAAAGCACCCUGAAGUCUUAUUGAGUCACCCAUCCAAGCCAGCUCAUGAAGCAACAUUGGAGGCCCGGGCCAGUCCAGAGAUGAAUGACAGAUUUCAGCAAUUGGAGAGAGAGGUGGCGCGGCACCGAGAAGAAUCCAGUAAAGCUCAAGCUGAAGUGGAUCGUCUGCUGGAAAUCCUGAAGGAGAUGGAAAAUGAGAAGAACGAUAAAGACAAAAAGAUAGCAGAACUUGAAAGCCUCACUUCAAGGCAAAUCAAAGAUCAGAAUAAAAAGGUAGCAAACCUGAAGCACAAAGAACAAGUGGAGAAGAAAAAGAGUGCACAGAUGUUGGAAGAAGCAAGGCGGCGGGAGGACAAUCUUAAUGACAGUUCCCAGCAAUUGCAGGACAAUCUGCAUAAGAAAGAUGAUCGGAUUGAGGAGCUAGAAGAAGCACUGAGAGAGAGUGUGCAAAUAACUGCAGAGCGGGAAAUGGUGCUGGCUCAAGAAGAAUCAGCCAGGACACAUGCUGAAAAACAGGUAGAAGAGUUGAUGAUGGCUAUGGAGAAAGUAAAACAAGAACUGGAAUCUAUGAAAGCAAAGCUGUCCUCUACCCAGCAGUCUCUAGCUGAGAAGGAAACCCACUUGACCAACUUGCGGGCUGAGAGGAGGAAACAUUUGGAGGAGGUCCUAGAGAUGAAACAAGAAGCCCUUCUAGCUGCCAUUAGUGAAAAAGAUGCCAACAUUGCUCUGCUGGAGCUGUCGUCCUCCAAGAAAAAAACCCAAGAUGAAGUAGCUGCACUAAAACGAGAGAAAGACCGCUUGGUGCAACAGCUAAAGCAGCAGACUCAAAAUCGCAUGAAAUUGAUGGCAGAUAAUUAUGAGGAUGAUCACCUCAAAUCGUCAUCUCAUUCCAACCAAACUAAUCAUAAACCCUCCCCAGAUCAGGUAAUUCAACCCCUUUUAGAUCUUGAUCAGAAUCGCAGCAAGUUGAAGUUGUAUAUUGGACAUUUGACAGCCCUGUGCCAUGACCGGGACCCCCUGAUUCUCCGUGGACUCACCCCACCUGCUUCCUACCACCUGGAUGACGACCGUGCAGCUUGGGAGAAGGAGCUGCAGAAGAUGACUCUGGAGCAGCUUCAUGAAGAGCUGGAAAAGGGUGAGAGGGACAGCGCAGAGCUACAAGAGUUUGCCAAUGCCAUUCUACAGCAGAUAGCUGAUCACUGCCCUGACAUCCUGGAGCAAGUUGUCAACGCACUUGAGGAAUCGUCAUGACCGAAACCAGUGCAACCCUCCCUCCCACCACCAGCAGCAGCAUGCCCAGGGGCCAAGCCCAGUCAGUCCAAGGAGUCAUGAAGAUGGAGAAGAGUUUGAAACGGGGGAGAAAAGAAGAAACCUUUGGUGCACCUUUUUAUAAAAAGAAACAAAUGAAUCUAAACUGGUAUCUCAGCUCUUCCAGUCUAUAAGUACUCAAUCAUGCCUGCAUUCAUCUUCUCACUGCCUUUCUACUUUGGAAUAUGCCUCCCAGUUACCUUUCCUGUUGGCUUUGGGAUAUGUUUGCUCAGAAAUUUACUGAGUCCAGUAAGCAUGGAAGUGGCAAUAUAUUGGACAUAGGUAAUUCUGGUGAUUCUUGAAGUGGUGGCAGGGGAACACUUGCCUUUGUUUUAUUUUCCCGUUAGUAAAAUCUUUGGCCUACCUUCAUUUAUAGGGAAAGCUGAGCAUGCUCUGAUAGUGGCCCACAUUUAGCUAGCUCAGGAUUUGCUGCCUAUUUCUGCGCAGGAGUGUUAUCCUCAAAAUGGAAGUUAUUACGAGAAGAGAGGUGGGGAGUAUCCCUUGUUCUCAGUGAUGACUUCAAUUCAGCAAGAGUGGGAAAUGGGACCGAACUGUUCUGCCUACUAUGAGCUUCACUUUUGUUUCCCAAAUGGGCUAUGAAAUAGUGACGGAUGUUUUCUUUUGCAGGUUUUCUUGAUAUUCUGGCCAAUUUUUAGCAUCAUAUCUUAUCUAUAUAUCUUUGCAUUCUCUUUUGAAGAGUGCUCUCUUCGUGUUUGACUGCUUAUUUUAUCUAUUUCUGAGUUCUUAGGGGGUUACUUCAUAAGCUAUACCCAGUAGCAGAGUAUUGGUCACACCUACUGCUGUACCUUCCACAGCACUGCCAAUGAUGAGUGAGGCCCAAAUUGCUUCUCUAAAUGGCAUCAUGUUAACAUAUCCAAAUUCACAGGCAAAAUAGGAAUCUAAAUGCUCAUUUGUUUUGCACUAAUUGUUAAAAUACAGUUUUACCUGAAACAGCGCUAGUUUUAUGCAUAGUAUCAUUCUGCAGGCAUUCACUGAAACAGAACUCUGGUAUCACUAUAUUUUCUCCUUUAGAGGAACUAAAUUUUUCUGAUUUUUCAGCUUUCAGAUUUCAGAGUUAAGAUCUUUUAGAACAGAAAAAAGAAAAGGGAAUAGUGAAUUGGAACUUAAUGCAGUAAGAAGAAAGACCACUGACCUUUAAAUUGCUUUCCUAACUGGUUUGUCUCUGUUAUGAGUGUCCUAAUCACGAUGCUUGGUUUUUCCAACUUAAGUGUUUUACAUCUGAUUAUGCUUAUUCCUAUAAAGCAGACACAAUCUCAAGGCCCUUUUCCUCUUUUUUCAGAGAUUACAGCACAUCCUCCAUCCCAAAACACUUAUUGGAGGUCUUUUUUUCUGGCUUAGACUCCCCCCCCCCCCGCCCCUGCUCAUCAAAUCUGGAAACCCAGGUGCUGGGAUAUCACUGAUUUCUAAACAGCAGGGAAGAAAUAUCUAUAAAACAAAAGGAAUCCUUUUAUUAAUACUUUUUAAUACUUUUUAAACGUACAGCAUCUGCCUUUGAUUAUGGAAGGAUGCAGUAGGGCUGUCUGGUGCUGAGUUGUUAGCUUCAUCCUUUCAUUAGCACUUGCAUGGGAGGUACAUUGGAGUCACUUUAGGAAGGGGGUAGAGCAUAAAUAAGCUUAGUUUUGGAUGGCAGUGUUUUCCUAUUGGGUUUCCUAAAGAGAGAUUCACAUUGUUAUUUUAGUUAGCACCUUCAUGGCUUUGGAGAUCUGUAGUGGUAAUUUCAGAACUGGGUGGCCGUAAUAGGCUGUGGCUGAUACUUUUCGUCAUAAAGGACAGGGGAGCGGACAUGAAUAGUCUCAAGGUUGAAAUUGCUUUACCGGAAAGCAUGUAGACAGUGACUGUACAUACCAUUGAGCCAUGCCUCAUACCAGAGCCGCGCCUUUGGCCCUAUUGUUUGAGUCAGCACGUUUUGAUAGGAGCUGCUGUUUUGAAAUUUCCCUUCUAGCUUUUUCUCCUUCAUCCUUAAUUACUCACUGUAGGAAUUUAAUGCUGCCUGUAAAACCAUCUCAGCCUUCAAGCCUAAUAUCUUCCCACCGCUACCACUCCCUGGCUAUCCUACUAAGUUAUAUGGUCAGGUCUCCAGUUGCCCUUGUUCUCUGCUGUAAAACAAUCCACUCUCUCUGUGGGAGAAGCUGUGGAAUUUUUCUUAUCUGUGGUUGAAAUGACUGCUGCUUGUAAACCUCUUACUGAGAUGCUCCUUGAUAGUGGGUUUUUGUUUUGUUUUGUGGGGGUGGGAGGGAUUGCUGAAAAUGGGGCAGGAAGCUAGUCAGAGAUAGUGACUUGUGGUUGCUACUUCAUUCCCAUGUGCUUAUUACACUGCAUAUAAAUCACAGUUCUCCAUGCUAGUAUUUCUGGAGCCUUUAACUCAGCUGCCACCAUGUGGCUGUGCUUCUGCAAAAGCUGAUCUGUGCUAGCCCAGGUAUGACAUUCCCAGAAUAGUGUGUACAGGACCCACUGCAAUGAAAUUGUGAUAAAGCCCAUUGUUUACACUCAGCCCUGCUCUACCCUGUUCUCCAGGGGAAGAAAGAUUUGUCAAGCAGAGCCAAUUCCCAUGCUGGCCAUUUGGUCUUUAUCAUCCAGCUGAACACCUGCUGUUUGAACCCUUCCCCCUACAACUUGGAAUGUGCUUCUCUUGCAACUCGUCUCUUAUUCCCCCACCGCACACACCUUUUAUACCCCAUUUCGUGAGCUCAGAGUCCUGCCACUCGCAGGCAUGAUCUAAGCCCUCAGUAAAAUGUUUUUAGAACAAGAGAGAGUGCAAACAAGUUCUGAUCUUGGAACAAUGACUUGGCUUUAUCAUCAGUGAAGCAUUGCAGAUAAUCUCCUUGAUGCCGUUUGGAUAGAGGUCCUGUCUCGCUUCAUUUCUCUAGGAACUGUGGGGCCUUAAACGCGAGAUGUUGGCUGCGAGUUGUUGUCAAGAAUAGUGUGCUUUAACUUGUUUCUUUUAUCAGUGGAGUGCAAGGUUGUUGACUGACUUGUGGAUUUAGGUAAUGUUGUCUCCAUUGUGAGAUGGUAUGAAAUGCACAGGUCCAAAGUGUUUAUGGUUAUAUGUGGCCACUGACUGCCACUACACUAUCACAGCUCUCAGAGAUUUUUAUCUCAGCCAUAUCUCCUGCAAGUGAAAUCCACUAUCUGUGUCCAGAAAAUACAGCUCUAGACAAUUGUGGUGGAAAAGUACCUUAUAUUUUACCUUCCUUGUUCCUCAGUCCAAUUUUUAAAAAUAGCCUCCUAUCAGUGAAUUCCAAAAUCUUUUGUUUAUUCUAGCCAUGUUGUUAGAGUUUGAUAAAACUGGAUUAUAACAAGUUUUUGUUAUAUUUAAGGAAUGUCAUGUUACUCUUUCAAACUAUAAAAAAGCUCAUUUGUAAUGCCUCAAAAGGUGUUUAUAAACCACAGGAACCCUCUAUUUUUUUUAUUAAUUUGGUGCAGCUAUUAAUAGCUCCUUGAGAAAUCACAGUAAUUUCUUGACAUCCUAAUUGGGCAGUCUAAUGUGGGAUCUCAAGGAACCCACAUUAUCAUUCCAUUCCCACCAAAUCCAGGUUUAACAAAGACUAAGAUGAAACUUCAACCUUAGAAUGACACAGUGACAUUAGCUAUUACUGUACAAGGAGGGGACUAAUAAGAGGAACAUCUGGAUGAAAUAUCUUUCUAGUGUAUCAGGACUGGGACUGCCUUUGGCCAUUGCCUUCAUUCAGAAAUGCCAAACACUCCCUGAAAAUCCCAAAUAUCUGUCACAACUAAAGGAAUGAAGAUUAUGGUGACAGACUAGUAUGUGCCAUCUAAUGCCAUGGAUAGAAAGAAAAGACUCACUAGGUGGGAACUUUUGCAGUGUAUUUUGCAAGAUCACUGUGAAUAUGGCAUCUGUUUUUCUCUAUUUUUAAUUCAAGGAAUAUUCUGUUUGGUCAGAUUCCUGUGUCUGAAAAAUAUAAGUUAACACCAUUUCCCUCCUGUCUCACACUCCUAAGGUAUUUCCAUAGCAUGGGUUCUUGGAGUAUCCUUAGUAAUGGGAUAUACUUCUGUUUGAAUUAGAACUUUGUACUAACUGAACUAACUUUGUAUAAAUUAAUAAAAGGUUAGAUCUUCGAAAUAAAUGAAGUUCGUUAACUAACUUGAGAGAAUCAAGCAGCAGGGUGGGAUGCUGUAGGUGGUUGCCGGCAUGUGAACCGCCCAGAGAGCUUCGGCUAUUGGGCGGUAUAAAAAUUCAAUCAGUCAGUCAGUCAGUCAAGCCAGUGGAGUGCGGAGGUCAGGCAAUGGCUGGUUUAGGGCUACCAGAAUUAACAAGACACAAGCUCUUCUCUUGCCAAUCACUCAGUCUUGUCAGUGCAGCAGGUGCUGUUUUUAUAAUAUAAAAUAUUUUUUAACUUUUUUCCAUUUAUAGAGGGAGCCGUUAUCCUUCUGAACAAAAUGGCUGCCUCUUGACCUUUUUUUAAAAAGAGAGAAUAAAAGCAUUUCCAAACUUUUUAGUGUCAAAAGCGUAAACAUAAGAUACUGACUUUUUCCAGUGUGUGUGGCGAGUGCUGUAACCCUAUCAUCAUUGGUAUUUCCCCUUGACUUUUUCAGGGGUAUUUUUUUACUUUAUUUUUCCUGUUUUGUUCUCUGCUUGUCAAUUAUUGUCUGUGUGGUCCUCAGGCUGGGGCAGUUACCGACAAUGUGUGUCUGUUGUCUGAUUUUAAAUAAUAAUAAAAAAAGAUAGAAGUAGAAUUGAAAAAAGUUGUGUUUUAAAAAAUAUAAAAACUAAAUGUAUUGUCCAAAGGAAUUCAAAAUAUGAAAAGGCAAAGUGCUGGACUCCUCCUCCCAGUUCUAUGAGGAAAUGGAUUUUUUAGGCUUAAGAUACCUUUCAAUUGCCUUUGACAGACCAAGGAAGACCAAACCAGUGUGGCCUUCUUAGGAAUGUUACUAACACUUGACUUUAUCCCUCGCCCAAUACUGUCCCGUAUGGACAACCUUUAAAAUAUAGAAAGGAGCAGAAUUAUAAACUAUUCUUCACUAGCAGCUACUGUUUUUUGUGAGUAUCCCUGGGCUUUAAUACUGCAAAUUUAAAUAGAAGGGAUGCAUUGAAGCGUAUUUGCACACUUUAGUCUCUAUUUCGUACACAUAAACUAUUUUGUAUUUCCAAAUGCACCUUCACUUCUGCCAAUACCCAUUUACAUGUGUCCGUCUGUUCUGUCCGCGCCCACUUUUGAAAAUGUGCAUUCAUAUUCUUACUUCAAAGAGCUUGGCAUUCUUUUCUGCACCAUUGGGAUGGAAGGUCUUGCCUCUUUUAAAGGGUUUGGCCAACAUAAAUCUACAUAUCAUGAAUACAUUUAUUAUUGCUACUAGUCAUAUCUUAAAUGAUUACACAUGAAUGUACUUCAAAAUAAUAAUCCUGAUUAAUUUUAGGAAUAUCUAUAGUCCUUUAAAUUUGAGGCUACCAAUUUUCCAGUGCUGGUUUACUUCAUUCCUUUGUUGAUUGUUCCAGCUGAAAUCAAAGUUGAAAACAUUGGAAUCAUUGGAUUUAGUUUACAGUCUCAUCCCUGAGACACUCUUGUUGAUACAGGAUCUAAAAGUCUUAGGCCAAGCUUGAUUGCUAUUACCCUUUAAUUUAGUUUUCUCCAUCUACUCAUGGCUUAGGUGAAGUAAGGCGUCUCUCAAUCAUUUCAGCUAGUAAACCCAUGACUUGGCUUAAUACUGAUUUCAGUGGGUAUCUUCUAGAUACAAAUAGGUUGCAGGUUUUCUUUCUCUCAAUUAACCUCCUAUCCUCCAGUGAUGAAUUUGGUAUGCUAGAUCCUAAGAGAGUUUUAUGCUUACCAAAUUUUCACAUCUUGUUUAGGUUCUGUGCAAGUAAAUGGGAUUAUAUCCAGAUGACCCUCCUUCAGACUGACAUAAUAUGCUGCUCAUUCAUCCCUGCCAAAGCAGUAUUGCUACUUCCCUUGGAUUCACCUCAUGCUGAAAUUAGAACACCAGGUUCUGCUUUACCAAAUUAUUCACGAAGGCAGCGCAGUGGGCUGUCCUAGGGAGUGAAAAUUUGUGGGAUGUCUUCACACACACACACACACUACAGAUGGGGAUCUUUUGCUACUUAGAAAGUGAUGUGUUGCACUUUAAUAGAGGAGGAGGCAAGCCUUGCAUAUAUAUAGUCUGGCAUACUUUGAGUUCCUUCUGGAAGGAGCAGCAGCGGGAAAUGAUAGAUGUCUGUAAUGCAAGUGCGCACGCUGCCUUCAACUUGUAUGUGUUUUAUUGAUGGAGUCAUGUUACUGACAGGAUAAUGAAUUGCAAAGAAAUUGUGUUAUAUAUUCAACUUUGCCUUGAUAAUAUAAACACUUUUGUUCCGUUUUAUUUUCUUUUUUAUUCACAGACUAAGUUCAUCA